ACCACAUUAAAGAUCUUAGUUUAGACCCUAAAUUUUUCUUUAAUUUAGUCUUACCCAGGAAAUUGGAAAAUAAGCAAAGAUGAACCCAACUGCUAAGAAAUUGACCUCCUCUGUCGCCAAGACCGCUCAAUUAGCUGCCCAAUCAUUAAAAUAUAACAAGCAAAGAUCAGCUCUUGCUGCCACUGCUACCGCAGCUGCUGGUCAAUACCAAGCUUUACGUAUGAUGGACAUGCGUUCUGCAUCCUCUGCUUCUGGCCCACAAACCAUGACUGUUAGAGAUGCUUUAAACUCUGGUUUAGCUGAAGAAUUGGACAGAGAUGACGAUGUUUUCUUAAUGGGGGAAGAAGUUGCUCAAUAUAACGGUGCCUACAAGGUUUCUCGUGGUUUAUUAGACAGAUUUGGUGAACGUAGAGUUAUUGAUACUCCAAUUACCGAAAUGGGUUUCACCGGUUUAGCUGUUGGUGCUGCUUUACACGGUUUAAAGCCAGUUUUGGAAUUCAUGACUUUCAACUUUGCCAUGCAAGCCAUUGAUCAAAUUGUUAACUCUGCUGCCAAGACUUACUAUAUGAGUGGUGGUAUUCAACCAUGUAACAUUACCUUCAGAGGUCCAAACGGUGCCGCUGCCGGUGUUGGUGCUCAACAUUCUCAAUGUUAUGCUGCUUGGUAUGGUUCUAUUCCAGGUUUAAAGGUUUUAUCCCCAUACUCUGCUGAAGAUUACAAGGGUUUAAUCAAGGCUUCUAUCAGAGAUCCAAAUCCAGUCAUCUUUUUGGAAAACGAAAUCGCCUAUGGUGAAUCAUUUGAAAUGUCUGAAGAAGCUUUAUCCUCAGAUUUUAUCUUGCCAAUCGGUAAGGCUAACAUUGAACGUGAAGGUACUGAUAUCACUAUUGUUGGUCACUCUCGUGCUGUUAAGUUCGCCGUCGAAGCUGCUGAAACUUUAAAGAAGGAAUACGGUGUUAAUGCCGAAGUCAUUAACUUGAGAUCUAUCAAGCCAUUAGAUGUCCCAACUAUCAUCGAAUCUGUCAAGAAGACUAACCACUUGGUUACUGUUGAAAACGGUUUCCCAGCUUUCGGUGUUGGUUCUGAAAUCUGUGCUCAAAUUAUGGAAUCUGAAGCCUUUGACUACUUGGAUGCCCCAGUUGAAAGAGUUACUGGUUGUGAAGUCCCAACUCCAUAUGCUAGAGAAUUAGAAGAUUUUGCUUUCCCAGAUGAACCAACUAUCUUGAGAGCUUGUAAGAAGGUUUUGGGUUUGUAAAUAAGACAAAAUCUGUAUUUAUUGAGUGCACGUGAAUAGCUCAAAUCUAUACUGUGGACAACUGGUUACAAUUACGUGCCUCUCUCACUUCCCUCUGCAUUUUGUAUAUUUAGAAAGUUACACCAU